AUGGCGAACGAAGUAACAUUUUCGGGCAGCUCAGCUGAAACUAUUGAGCUUGCCAAGUCUUUUUGGCAGUCAAUAGAACCUCCUCCAGCGCCAAAGUCUACAUUAUUUGUCAGUGGAUUAAAUCAUCGAUUGCCAACAGCGCCUGCAGUUCAUAACGGUUCGUAAAUUUAAGCGUAAACUUUUAAUAGCGUUCGAAUCGCUGUAGCUGACAGCAGUUUACCUGUGUUUACAUGCAUGUUUUGAUGGAACCGUUCUGAUAGAAAUUCGUUGUUUUCCUUCAGAAAAUAUUUUACUUGUAAAUAAUGCCACUGGGACUAAAUUAGAGUCGACAGAAGAAGAAACUAAUCCAAGUAAGUUGUUUGUAGAAAUAGGAACAUCCUUUGUACUUUUGUCACUUCUCUCAGAGUACUUGUAAGCUCACCUUCCGAUCAAAUUAGUCGUUCUGUAGUCAAUGAUGGAAAUUUUUUAGGACUUCAGAGACAUCUAGAAGAUGCGAAAGAAAGGAAAGAGAGAGAGGAGGCAGAAUACAUACAGAAAUUGGUCAGUUAAAUGGUUAAAUGAUAUGAACAGCUCUGAAAUUGAUAAACUUGUUGUUGAAAUGUUUAGCAAAAUACUAGGCUGAUUUAGCAACAGAACGGUGAGGACUAAAGUCGACUUCCGGUGCCCAAUUUGCUGCUGUGCAAUUGGUCAAGCCAGUUGUUUGAUUUGCACACGCCGUCGUCAACUGACGUUCCCGUUCUGUUGCUAAAUCAGCCCAAUCAUUAUGCUGGGAGAUGGAGACAAUUUCUGUGAGUAAGCUUUCCAGGGUGCUCUGGCGGCAGGGCGAGAAAGGGAAGUCAAGCUUGCAACUAUGUCUCUGGAAUUUGAAUAUUUCCACCUCCAAUUCCCCUGAGGCUUCCUGUCGACUGAGCUGUCAAAUUUCCGACAAUGUACUGAAACAAGCGCAAAAGUACACAAACUUUAAAAAAAAAGGGGCUAAAGUAAUGACAUCGUUACUAAUGUCAUCUCCGCCUAUCAGUAUUUCGCAUCAGGUAUUCAUCGAUGCAGAUAUGCAAAUUCCAGAGAUGUAGCUGCAAGCUCUCCUUCCUUUUCCUGCCCCGCCGCCAGGGCACCCCAGAGAGCUUGCUCGCAGGCGAGGUUCAAUAUGCAGGUAGAGGGGUUGAUCGAGGCAAAUAAAGGUGUUAGGAUUGUUACAAUAUGCGUUAGUUUGUUCGGUUUUGAAUUAAUUGAUUUGAAAGUUUGCCAAGUACUAUUGCAUGGCACAUGUACUUAAGGUUUGAUUGAGUCUCAUUAAAACGCAUUUUAACCUACACGAGAUCGCGUGCACAGUUCAUUGAACUUACAUCAAGGAUUACAGCUAGGGUAUGAGUUACAGGAUGUUUAUAUGCCACACCUGCCAAAAAACGUACUUAACUUGAUGUAUUUAGCACAGAAGUACUUAUGAGGACACUGUAUUAUGAUCUCUUUCUGUCCCCUGACUCAAAUAUCCAGAGGUCUGUUCUAGAAAUACCUAAGGUGAAUAAAGCAUGCUCACAGUUUGAAAAAGCUCCCAAGAAAAGAAUAACCUCAGCUGGAACCCAGUAUAUUCUUUCUGGAGAAUAGAGCCCAAACUAAUUUGCAGGGUGUCCUGCCACUGAGCUUUCUGCCUAUAAUUGAGAUGUCUUCUCAAUAAAGGUUGUUUUAUUACUAUUGUGCUGGGUCAGAUGGAGAGAAGCAGAGGUUUUCCCUUUCUUUGUAACUUGUGAUAAAAAUUUCUUUACAAGACAGCUGGUUUCCAAGAAAAGAUGUGAUGGGCUGUCCUACAAUAAUCUAGUCUGUGGGGAGCAGAUGCUUUUUUCAGCUCUCGUUUCACCCACUGAGAAAGUACAGGUGAAACAACAGCCAAAAAAAGUGUCUGCUCCCCGCAGGCUUGUGAUAACUCAUGUAACCCGGAUCAGCUUAAUAAAAUGAUGUUUCGUUUUCCUCUUUUUUUUCUUUCUCUAACUUUCAGACAUCACAUAGGGAAGAAGUGCAACAAACAUUAGCCCAAAGGAAAGCUGAGAGAUUAAAAGUAAGGUGUAAUACGGCUUAGUUAGAGAUCUGACAGCAGUUACUCAAAAGGUUGAAACUACUACCCACUGGAUACAUCACUAUCUAGUUGAUAAGUAUAAAUUUAAUUAUAGAUAUCCUCGGGAUACUAUAGUGAUUUGGAUUUGUCUGCUGGGUGGCGGUAGUCGUUUAUAUUCAGUAUUGAAUUUUGUACUUACAAGGUAAAAUAAAUAAAUAAAUAAAUGAGCUAUACUUCAACCUCCUUCCCAAGGUCCUCUCCUUGGGGACGAGUUGGAAAGGCCUACUACAGUAAAUGAAAUUCUUGUGUGUUUGAACCCCCCCCGCUUCUUCACUCUCCCUCGGUUUUUCAAAAAGUUUGUUGUGUUUAUUUUCACUGGUAAUUUAAUGUAGAAGUCGAUUUCAUAUGAUACAUAUGUUCUCUUCGUAGAAGGAAGAAAUUUCACAUCGCCGACAAAGAGAUGACUUCCUUGACAUGUAAGUAAAACUGAUAGAGAAAGACUGUGAUUUAAACAUUUAUAUAUCCAUUCCUAAAUUAAUAAACAAUUAUUGGAUGAGGUUGAGCAUGAUAUCAUUAAUUAUCAAAACCGAGGUCUGUGUUAUCUGCUGAAGCCGAAGGCUGAGGCAGAUAAUACAGACACGAGGUUUUGAUAAUAAUUUUUCAUGAUAUCAUGCGAAAACCGAAUUCAAUAAUUGUUUUAUUAUACAUUUUUUAAACAAUAGGCAAAAGAAGACAUUCAGCCAUUCUGUUUCUGAGGAGAACACUCCAAGGGGCUUGGUAACCAGGCAGACAUUGAACUUGACAUGAUAAAUGCAAUAUCUGCAGCAGAUAUUGCAUUUAUCAUGUCAAGUUCACAAGCUAUUGUGAAUUGAUUGAAUGUUCUCGACCAAUCCGAUUUUUCAUAGUGAGUCUGAUGUUUAAUAAUAAUAUGUAAUAAAUAAAUGACAGUGAUAAUAUCAUUGGGUGCACUCUUGUUUAUCUUUAAUUUCUUUCUUGUUUAAUUUUAAAGGGAAUCCAGUGAAGAGGAUGAAGAAGCUGCAGAAGCAAUGGCAGAACUUGACAGAUUUGAUGAAAUUCUUAAACAAAAAGAAGCUUUCUAAGUCAUAGUAUUUAUUUUCCUUUCAGGACACUGUGUAAUACCUGCAUAUUGUCCCUCUACUAGAUUUUAUUUAACUGUGCAAACUAAGUUUUGUAUAUUAAUAAA